AUGGCUGCAGUUUUGAGGUUAUGUAAUGAUUUACUUGCCAAACCUGAACCAAUACCUCAAGAUUGCACUGAUGAAAGAUGGAAGUGGUUUAAGGGAUGCUUAGGGGCUUUAGAUGGAACUUAUAUAGCAGUUACACCAAGUGCUUCUGACAGACCUAUAUAUCGUACGAGGAAAGGUGGUCUUGCAACAAAUGUUUUAGGUGUUUGUACAAGAGAUGUGAGGUUUAUAUACAUACUAGCAGGGUGGGAUGGAUCAGCUUCAGACUCUAGGGUAUUACGAAAUGCAAUAGAAAGGCCAAAUGGGUUGGCAGUUCCAAUUGGUUCAUAUUAUCUUGUUGAUGGUGGAUAUACUAAUGGGGAAGGCUUUCUUGCCCCGUAUAGAGGUAAACAAUAUCACUUGCAAGAGUGGGGUGUCGGUCGACGUUCACCUCAAGAUUGUGAAGAGUUAUUUAAUUAUAGGCAUGCUCGGGCAAGGAAUGUAAUAGAGAGAUGUUUUGGCCUAUUGAAGAAACGAUGGGCUAUAUUAAGAAGUCCAUCAUUUUAUCCCAUUAGGUCGACACAAUGUCGAAUGAUCCUUGCUUGUGGUUUAUUGCAUAACUUCAUCCGCAUGCACAUGGCGUCUGAUCCAGAAGAAUUUGCUCCAUUAGCAGAAGAUGAGGUGCUUGUGGGUGUGGAACCCGUUAAUGUAGUGGAAACUAUUGAACCUAGCAGCCAAUGGACUCAAGGGAGGGAUGCACAUGCACAACAAAUGUUUACAUAAUUUAGGAAUAGACAUAGGCAAUAAAGAUAAUGCAUUUUAUGGAUAUGGAUUUUAUUUUUUUUUAGAUUUUAUUUUCUUUGUGAGUGUGAACUUAUUAAAAUGUGAUUGUCACGUUCAUUUAGUUUUUGUUUUCUUCAUGAUAUGAAUGAAGUGUGAACUUAUUAAUAUGUGAUUGUCAUAAUCCUUAUUGAACUUAUUAAUAUGUGAAUGUCACAACCUUUUAAUUUUUUUUUUACUAUUUAGAAAUGGAAAAUUAUGGUGGGAUUAAUAGUGAACAAUCCAUGAGUAACAUUAGAGUCCGACGUAAUUGGAAUGCAAUUGAAGAAGAAACUUUACUCACUAUAUUAGAAGAGAUGGUGGUGGCUGGAAACAAAGGAGAGAAUGGAACAUUCAAGACUGGAACUCAUGAGGAAGUUUGCAAGAGAAUGAAAAAUAAAAUUCCAGGAAUACUUAUCAAUGCCAAGCAAAUUGUUAACAAGAUGAAAAGGUGGUCAACAAAGCUUAAUGAAGUUGUUGACAUGAUGAACACUAGUGGGUUUGGAUGGGAUGACACAAAAAAGUGUGUUAGUGUGACAGCAGUCAAGUCUUAUCUCAAUAUUUGGAGAAACAUCCCAAAGUUGGCAACCAUGUCGAUCAGUUUAAAGAGUUUGAGAGAUUGCAAGGUAUUUUUGGCAAAGAUCGUGCAAAUGGCCUUGGAGGUGAUGAUGGAAAUGGAAAUGAAACAGUUGAGAACCAAGUUAGUGAUAAUGAUGAGUUAGUACACCAACAUGAUGAUUCACCUAUUUCUGCAGGACCAUCUUCUAAACGACCUCGACUUGCUCAAUUAGCCACUAAUUUUCAGGAGAGUUUUAACAGUAAAAUGGAAGUUGUGUCAACUGAUUUUGCUAAAGCUAUAGACAAAUUUCCAGAUCCUUCGAAGCCGGAUCCUUCAAAAUCCGACUUGGUUGAAGAGAUUAAGAAAUUGGGAUUAACUGAUGAAGAGAAAAUUGACUUGGCAAUCAAAUUUUCUCACAACCAACAGUAUGAAAAAUUCUUUUGGGAGUUUGAAGGUUCCCAAAGAAUGACUUUGUGAGGAA